UGCUGGCGCCCACAUUACCCCCGAUGCGAGGCCCAAGAAGGAACCGGCAGAGGCUGCUGCCGAGAGAGGAGACCGGAGGUAGAGGCGGAGGAGGAGGAAGAGGAUGGGCAAAGCGGAGAUUGCAAUGACACCUCUACAGCAGUGGGGUGAAGAGGUAGAAGAUGGGGCCAUCUACAGCAUCAUCCUUCAGCGAGUGCGGAAAGAACCUGUGGCCAACAGAUCCAGUUCCCUGCAGGAUGAACCUGGCACACCAGCGUGUCCCUUUGUGCAGUACCGCACUUGCAAGAGGCGUAUGUUGCGAGCUGCCAGGCUCCCCCAGCUGGUGAGGUGGUUGGCAUCAGCCAGUGCAGAAGGGGACCUGGACUACAUCCCCAGCUUCCUGGCCACCUACCGGACCUUUGCCACCCCCAUGCAGGUUCUGGAGCUGCUCCUGCUGCCACCGCUGGGACCAGACAGGGCGGUGCUACAUGUGUUGGAGUUCUGGCUACAGCAUCACCCUGAAGAUUUUGGGGAGCUCCCCAAGCACCCCAAUCUGCAGAAAACCUUGCACGUCCUGCACCAGUCUGCCCCGGACUCCCCAGUAUGUGCUUUGACAGAGGAACUGCUGCAGGCCCACAAGGGAAAGAAGGAGGAACAGAGGACAGAGGCAGAGGGAGGAGAGCCCCCCAGGAUGGGGCUGUCGCAGGUGGUCGGAGAAGCAGGUGGGCCUGGGGGCUGCGAGGAGACACCUGCCCUGCUGUCCUUCUCUGUUGAGGAAGUGGCCGAACAGCUGACUCUGAUGGAUGCAGACCUCUUUCGAGCAGUGCAACCCUUCCACUGCCUGGGCUGUGUGUGGUCCCAACGGGACAAGAAAGAGAACCAGCACGUGGCUCCUAGCGUCCGUGCCACCGUAGCCCAGUUCAAUGCCGUCACCAGCUGUGUGAUCGCAUCUGUGCUUGGAGACCUGACCCUGCGCAUUCCCCAGCGGGCACACCUGCUCGAGAAAUGGAUCAACAUUGCCCAGCGAUGCCGGGCCCUACGGAAUUUCUCCUCGCUGCACGCCAUCCUCUCUGCUCUGCAGUCCAACUCCAUUUACCGACUUAAGCGUACCUGGGCUGCUGUCAACAGGGACACCAGGCGCUCCUUCCGAAGCCUCUCACAGAUCUUCUCUGAAGACAACAAUCACUUGAACUGCCGAGAAAUCCUGCUGCAGGAAGGAGAUACUCAGGGCUCUUCUGAUGGAUCCAUCAGUCCUCAGACACCAACCAGGGCAUCUCAGAAGAUGAGACCUCAGCCCAGGCUAGUGGUUCCCACCAUCCCAUAUCUUGGCACCUUUUUAACCGAUCUGAUUAUGCUGGACACUGCGCUACCAGAUUUCGUGGAGCUCACCCAUCUCUGUAUUGCUGUUUCCCCAACUCCGCAGGGCAACCUCAUUAACUUUGAGAAGAGGCGCAAGGAAGGAGCGGUCCUUUCUCGGAUCCGUCAGCUGCAGGAGUCGUGUCAGGGCUACAGCCUCUGCCCAAACCCGUCCUUCCAUGUUGCCUUCCAGCAGCAGCAGCAGCUUUCUGAGGAACAAAGCUACCGGAUUUCCCGUGUGAUUGAGCCGCCGGCUGACUCCUGUCCCAACUCACCAAAGCUGCAUCGCAGCCUGACAAAGCGCUUCAGCUCGCUUCUCCUGGGCUCAGAAGUUUCUGCUGCUGCUCCAGGCCAUGACAAGUCCGGAAUUUCACCACUGGGCUCCUGCAGCAGCCUUAACUCCGAGGAUGGGUCCAGCACCCCUUGCUCACCAACUGUCAAGAUCCUGCCUGCAUCUCUGCUAAGACCGUGCCCUCCAUCUGAGCUGCCCCUGCCGUCUCCCAACUCCAAGCAAAGGGGGACAGAAUCGCGCAUCGUCCGUGUCAGCAUGGACGAUGAGCGCGGCAACGGCAAUCUUUACCGUAGCAUUGUGAUCACCAGCCAGGACAAGACCACAGCUGUAGUACAGCGUGCCUUGAGGAAGCACAAUCUGGAAGGGGACUCGCCGCACAGCUACCAGCUCCUUCAGCUUUUGGGGGAUGGCCAAGAGCUGCUGAUCCCUGACAGUGCCAACGCCUUUUACGCCAUGAACCCUACUGGCUCUCAUGACUUCCUCCUGUGCCCCAAGAAAGGAGCCGGCAGCCCCCCAGCCUUGGGGGCCAAACAGCCCAGUAGAAAAGCGAUCCCUUCCAGCACCCCCACUCUUAAGGACUGUGGCACAAGAACUCUGGCGGCCACUUCAAGCCCGCCACCGUCUUGGGCUCUGAAGUCGCCCAUUCUCCUAGCACCGCCCAGCCCAGCUCCAGUCUACCCAUCAUGCCCUGCAGCGGACUCACGGCUCAGGCCAGCUUCGUAUCUCCAGACACCCCCAUUUCCAGUUCCUCCCACCUGGUUCCUGGGAGAUCAGCAGCCAACUGGCCCUCCCCCCUCUCCUCCCCCCUCACUGCCUCUCCCCCAUCGCCCACUAACACGGGAACCCUUCAACCCAGCUCCACCUCACCUUGUUCUACCCUCUUCCUUGCAGGGGCAACACAUUCCUGCCUCUGUGCCCCAGUCACCCCCUUGCUCUUCCCUCGGAGGAACCUCUUGGACAGAAUCCCCCAAGCAUUGUGCAGUCCAUCAACUUUCAGCUCCUCAAGGUCUAGAUGCCCCGUAGCACGACGGAAGUGGGUCCUCAGGGUCAGAGCUAAUCUCUCCGAUUGCAGCCCCUUUCCAUGACAUGGGAUGGAGACCCCCUACUCACACACACUCACACUCACACACACACACACACAGACAGACGGCCAGGAGAACUGAGCGCCCCAGGACAAGGGAGCGAUGAUGUUUACGGAUUGGCCAUUUGUGGGAUCCCACAGCCCCACCUGAUCUGCUGCCAGGACCCCCAGAAUCAUAGAAGGGGAGGACUCAAAGGUGAACUAGUUCAAAAGGCAACACGCCCAACCCAGACGAGCAGAAGCUGGACGAAUCGCAGAACAAUGGCGUUCAGUUGUGUUAAGCACAUCCGCCAAACUGGAUGCUACGAGGGAAUGUAGGUACUCACUCACUUUCUCUCUCUCUCUCUCUCCGGCAUUCAAGGACAGAAGCGGCUCUAGGGUAGCAGCUCGCUCAGAGCUGGCAUCUAGCUGAGCCUAAAAAGGAGACAUGGUGUGAAAGUAGGUUUCCAGCGAUGGUUGGUUUUGGUUGCACACCCUUCCCUUCAAUAAAAGAAUUUGGUGUGAAAGUGUGAACUCUUAGACCUCCACCACACCAGCGAUUUAUGGCACUGCCUGGUAUGUGCUUUUGCAGCGCAAUACUCACACGACAUCAUCCCUGUCCUGUGCUCAUCUUGCCUCUCCCCCUCCGUUUUCUGUCUUAUUUUGGAGCGGGAAAGUCCGAUUCCCCCCCACUCCAUGUGCAAUAAAUUCGCUCCUUCAUCGCA